AGGAGGCGGCGCUUCCGCUCGGAGCCGGAUGUUGGCGGGUUUCUCUUGCGAGCGGUUUCUUGGUUCUUCUCAGCUCUGAGGCGCUUCGGCCCCCGGCCCAGCUGUCAUCCCCUCCCGCGGGUCCUGUCCCCUUCCGCGCUAGGCCCCGGCGCCGCCCGGCCUGUCCGCCCGUCUCCUCCACUCCCUCCGCGGCGCUCACUUGCGAGUCGGCCCCGGCCGUGGGUGACAGGAUAUGUAACAUGACACUGAUACUCUGGACAGUUUAUCAUAGGCGCCUCAGUGAAGUUAUUUCCUUGAAGUAAUGCCCACAGAAAGUGGAAGUUGUGCAGCUGCUCGGCAAGCAAAGCAGAAGCGCAAAUCACACAGUCUUUCUAUACGAAGAACCAACAGUUCUGAGCAAGAAAGGACGGGAUUGCAAAGAGAGAUGUUGGAAGGGCAGGAUACUAAACUUCCUUCAUCUGUUCGGAAUACACUUUUGGAGCUUUUUGGGCAAAUAGAGCGAGAGUUUGAAAACCUUUAUAUUGAAAAUUUGGAAUUACGUCGAGAGAUCGAUACACUUAAUGAGCGCUUAGCAGUUGAAGGACAGACAAUUGAUGGAGCUGAACUGAGCAAAGGACAACUGAAAACAAAAGCCAGUCAUAGCACCAGUCAGCUUUCACAGAAAUUGAAGACCACUUACAAGGCAUCUACCAGCAAGAUUGUAUCCAGUUUCAAAACUACAACAUCAAGGGCAAUCUGUCAACUGGUGAAGGAGUAUGUUGGCCACAGGGAUGGUAUUUGGGAUGUCAGUGUCACGAAAACUCAGCCAGUCGUGUUGGGGACAGCAUCUGCUGACCAUACUGCUUUGCUGUGGAGUAUAGAAACAGGAAAGUGCCUUGUCAAAUAUGUAGGGCAUGUUGGAUCAGUAAAUUCUAUAAAGUUCCAUCCAACGGAGCAAGUAGCUCUUACAGCAUCUGGAGACCAGACGGCUCACAUUUGGAGAUAUAUGGUACAGUUGCCCAUGCCUCAGCCAACAGCAGACUGCAAUCAAAUGUCUGGGGAAGAUGAAGUUGAGUUUUCAGAUAAAGAUGAACCUGAUGGAGACGGAGAUGGUUCCAGUGACUGUCCCACUGUCCGAGCUCCCUUAACCUCCCUGAAAAGCCAUCAAGGAGUAGUCAUAGCAGCUGACUGGCUGGUUGGAGGGAAGCAAGCUGUAACAGCUUCCUGGGAUAGGACAGCAAAUCUGUAUGAUGUGGAGACAUCUGAACUUGUCCAUUCACUAACAGGGCAUGACCAAGAGCUAACCCAUUGUUGUACACAUCCCACUCAACGUCUUGUGGUGACAUCAUCACGUGAUACAACCUUCCGUCUGUGGGAUUUCAGAGAUCCUUCUAUCCAUUCUGUGAAUGUCUUUCAGGGCCACACAGACACCGUGACAUCAGCUGUUUUCACAGUGGGUGACAAUGUUGUUUCGGGUAGUGAUGACCGUACUGUAAAAGUCUGGGACUUGAAAAAUAUGAGAUCUCCUAUUGCUACUAUCCGUACAGACUCUGCAGUGAACAGGAUUAAUGUAUGUGUUGGCCAAAGAAUCAUUGCCCUUCCACAUGACAACCGUCAGGUUAGAUUAUUCGACAUGUCAGGAGUGCGAUUAGCACGGCUCCCUCGCAGUAACAGACAGGGCCAUAGAAGAAUGGUUUGCUGUUCAGCUUGGAGUGAAGACCAUCCAAUAUGUAACCUAUUUACCUGUGGGUUUGAUCGUCAGGCUAUUGGCUGGAACAUCAACAUCCCUGCAUUGUUACAGGAAAAAUGAGAUGCUGGAAGAAUUUUUGCUUUUGUUGCCAUGGACUUGUAAACUUUUUCUGUUGUUGCAGACUCUUCUGAAUAUUAGUCUGCCUUCAUUGUAAAAGUUCUCCCUUAAAAGGAGAGCUUUGCAAAUGUUGUUGUUACCACAUUGUACACCAUUUGCAUGUAAUGUACAGAAAAUGUGACUUUUUUAAAAAUUAGUUUGUCUUGUGUAUUAACUUUUAUAUCUUAGCAUCCACUGGUCAGUAGAAAGGAGUUCAGUUAUAUAGAGCACAUAAGUGUUCGUAAGCUAUUCAACAUUUGCUAGAUGAACAUUAGGGCAUUACAUUUGUGACUUUAAUGUGAAAUUUAUAUACUUAUUGUGAAGAAUAUAUAGUAGUCUAUUGCAUUUUCCAUAAUUUUACAUAUCUGCCUUGUGUUAAAAUGAAUCUGCAGGGCUGAACUUCAAGAAGUGUGAAUUUCAGUAAUAGCAUCAUGGUAAACAUUUUCUUGUUUGCAUCUGUCUGAAGUAUGAUUUUAGUGCUGCAAUGUAAUGUAACUUCAACUCCAAUUUUAUUCUAGUUACUGGAGAAAUAACAUGGAUUUGAGAGAGAAAAAGCAAGCAACCUCUUGUAAUGUGCAUAGAAUGCUGCGUUAAAACAUUCAGGCUGUUUUUGCACAUUUCUCUUGAAAAAAGAACAAGAAAAUGUUCAUUCUGCCUUUCAUGCAUAAAGCUAAUUCCAAUCUUAUAGCAUCUCACGCUAGCAAAAAUCCAGAAUAUUGUGAUUCUAAUCACUGAAAUCUGUUCAAGCAAAUUUUAAAGCACUUUAGUUUAUAGCUAUUGUUAUAAACCAUUUAUGAAAGUUUCAGAUGUUCUACUGAAUGUGAGUUGACUUAUAUAGGAAGGAUUUGACACCUUUUGGUUACCUACCCAGAAAGGAAAUUGUGUUUUGUUUUUACACCUUCAAUGAACAUAUUUUUAAAUGGGUUCAUUUCCCUAGUUUUAUUUUGAGCCAGCAAUAUGAAGUAAAUGAGUGCUACCUCAAAAAAUGAAUUUCGGUCAGGAUAGGUUGAGUCUUUCCGUAACCUCGAAAAAGUGCUUUUGGUCUGUGUCUGAAAUACUGCCUUUAAGAUGAAGAAAGACAGUUAUGCCAAAUGUGAUUUUUAAGAUGAUUAAUACUUAAGGCUAAUGGGGCAAUACCACAGAUAAACAUCACGUGUCAUCUUUGUUCUUGCAGCUCUAACUAGGGCUGCUGCAGUCCCUUCUCCAUUCGAGAGGGAAUAAUUCUGUAGUUUUUCCCUCCGUAGUCCCAAGUGAUCUUACACUGGCUUUGCUCCUCACUGUGUUUAGCCUUGUUGUACUGGCUGUUGAGUUAUUGCCAGCUGUUGCUCAAAUAAGCAAAUGCAUGUGGCAGUUGACAUUUUCAGAAGGAAGAGGAAGGCUGCUUCAGAGAGACCUUUUAGCUGCUCCUAACUGUCUGACAUAUCACAGCAUAAGAUGAAAGAUCAAAGUAAUUAGAUGGUGUCUUCUUAUAUAGUAGGAUGUUUAAAGUUGAUUGCCAUAAGAUAUUUAUUAUGAUCUUUUAAUUACAUUCUUAUGAUUAUAUAAAACAAUAGCUGAGCUUGAGUCUUCUACAGCACUGUUUAGAUGGAAGUUGAGAGGCUGAUUUAUUAACCGGAUUUUUCAUUCGUUAGUAUAUGAAGGCAAAGAGGUGCAGUAGGAGGGGAGAAUAAGUGCACCAUUAAGUAAUUAUGAAAAAAUUGAGGUCCUAACAGUAAGCUGAAGCAUAAAACUAUGAAGGGAUAACAAGGGGUGAGGUACUUAAUGGAGAGACUAUAACAGAAUGUAUGUGAUGACUUCAUAGAGCAGAAUGUCUUAAAGUAGCUUGAUUUUUUUCAGAACACUUGUUUUUCCGAAUUACAGUAUAUGUUAGACGGUCAGUCUUUCAUAAUUGCCACACUUCCAUACCUGCUGAUGAAAGGUUCAGGUGAUCAGCUGUAGGCUUUAAUUGCUGGUAUCAGAAGACUUUUUUUAUUUAAAGGACACUCACAGUAUCUAUGGUAAUUGUCAAGUUUUUGUUUCUAACAAUUUGGAAGAUUAAAUUUAAACUCAUCAGAUUUUUUUUUUACUCUCUGGGGCAUACACACUGGGUUGGUGUUGGGCUGCAGACAUGUUUUUUUUUACAAACAAGACUAAAACAUCUCUUUGUUAGAGAGGAAGGAAAAGAAACAUAAGCAUGGAUGUAGUCUGGAUACUUCAAAAAAAAAUCCAUACUUUUGCUAUGUGCACCUCCUGCUAAUAGAAUCAGAGCAACUCCAGGUUGGUCCAUAUCUAGUAUCCUGAGCAAUGAUUAACCAUUUAAUUUGCAUGGACUUGACAAACUUAGGUUGGAGGAAAGGUUAAUAGUGUGAUCCUACUAUCCUAAACUGUAUUUAACAUAUACAUAUGUAACACAGGGCCAUUGGAUUAUAUGCAGUUUAAUUGUCAUUGCUUCCAGUGGCUACUGGCCUUUAUAUCACCAGAGGGAUCAACCUCUGACAUCAGAAAGGAGUAUACAUUAACUUAUUUUCUUGGGGGAUGGAGUGGAGGAACCAACCAAGGUGCUCGAGACAAGUUCUCAGGAGCAGACUAAUUCUUAAUCAGUUGAAUGACUGUAACAUCUUUUAACUUUUAUAUAUUCUACUACUUGGAUGUAAUAUCGAGGCCAUAAAUUUCCCCUUCCAGUAAGGCAAAGAUUGGUGGUGGACAAUGUUACACUGACUGAACAUGUGUAAGCUUUUCAGUUUUGGCCAUGCAUGGAAUCAGGAGUGUUCUAAAGAGAGAGAAUCAAUGCUGAACUAAUUAUAUCCAGCAUUUCAUAAAAUGGAGGGAAGUUGCUGUUACAUAUUUUCAUUAUUGAUGCAGAACUUCACUUGGAUGCAUCACUGGACAAACUCAAAGAUCUUUUGUGUGUGUGGGGGGGGUCCCCAUAAGGAGUGCACAUCGGUUUUCACAGACUCAAAUUCUGUACAUGCUUUAGAGUCAAAAUAAUUUGGUGUGAAACAUCUUAUUUGUUGUCUAAGUCUAUGAAAGCCAAUUUCUUUUG